CCUCUUGACCACAUCUCUGCUCACUUGUUCCCUUGGCAUCUUAGAACAUCCAGCCAACCCCCAAAGCUCAGGGGCUUUGGAAGCCCAUGCCUGACCUCCCAGUCAUGAUCAGGACCAGGAUAUCCCUUCUUCUGUUGAUGGUGGCUUCCUCUCUCUGCUUCAACUUGGACACGGACACACCAACAACCUUCCUCAUGGACAGUGCUGGGUUUGGACACACUGUGGUCCAGUAUGCCAACUCCUGGGUGAUAGUUGGAGCCCCCCAAGAAAUAAAGGCCAUCAACCAAACAGGAGGCCUCUACCAGUGUGCCUAUAGCACAGCUACCUGUCAGCCCAUCGACCUGGAGGUCCCCCUAGAAGCUGUGAACAUGUCCCUGGGCUUAUCCCUGACAGCUGCCACCAACCCCUCUCAGCUGCUGGCCUGUGGCCCCACUGUGCACCAUGCAUGCAAGGAGAAUAUGUACUUGACCGGGUCCUGCUUUCUGUUGGCCUUCCCUUCCUGGAAGGCCCAGAGGCUCCCAGCUUCCCUGCAGGAGUGUCCAAGGCAGGAGCAGGACAUCGUCUUUCUGAUUGAUGGCUCAGGCAGCAUUUCUUCCAGAGAUUUUGUCAAGAUGCUGAGCUUCGUGAAGGCUGUGAUGAGCCAAUUCCAGAGACCCAGCACCCAGUUCUCCCUGAUGCAGUUCUCCAACAAGUUCCAGAUUCACUUCACUUUCAAAGACUUCAUGUACACCUCAGACCCACUAAGCCUGUUGAAUUCUGUGCAUCAGUUGAGAGGGUCCACGCACACAGCCUCAGCCAUCAGGAUGGUCAUAAAUGAACUAUUCAGUGCCCCAAGUGGGGCCCGGAAGGAUGCCUCCAAGAUCCUCAUUGUGAUCACUGAUGGGCAGAAAGAAGGAGACCCCCUGGGUUAUAAGAAUGUCAUCCCUAUGGCUGAGGCAGCAGGCAUCAUUCGCUAUGCAGUUGGGGUGGGAUCGGCGUUUCAAAAGCAACAUUCCUGGAAAGAAUUAAACGACAUUGCAUCAAGGCCCUCCAAUGAUUAUAUAUUUAAAGUGGAGAACUUUGAUGCUUUGAGAGACAUUCAAAACAAACUAAAAGAGAAGAUCUUUGCCAUUGAGGGUACACAGACAACAAGCAGUAGUACCUUCGAAUUGGAGAUGUCCCAGGAGGGCUUCAGUGCUGUGUUUACACCCGAUGGACCAGUUCUGGGGGCCGUGGGGAGCUUCAGCUGGUCUGGAGGUGCCUUUGUGUACCGCCCAAAUGUGAGCCCCACAUUCAUCAACAUGUCUCAGGAGAAUGUGGACAUGAGGGACUCUUACCUGGGUUACUCCACUGAGCUGGCCCUUUGGAAGGGGGUGCAGAGCUUGGUCCUGGGGGCCCCACGCCAUCAGCACACCGGGAAGGUCGACAUCUUUACACAGGUGUCCGGGCAGUGGAAGCCGAAGGCUGAAGUCACAGGGACCCAGAUUGGCUCCUACUUUGGGGCCUCCCUGUGCUCAGUGGACGUGGACAGAGAUGGCAACUCCGACUUGGUCCUCAUCGGGGCUCCCCAUUACUACGAGCUGACCUGGGGGGGGCAGGUGUCUGUGUGCCCCUUGCCCAGGGGGAGAGCUAGGUGGCAGUGUGAGGUCAUUCUCCGUGGGGAGCAGGGCCACCCCUGGGGACGCUUCGGGGCAGCCCUGACUGUGCUGGGGGACGUGAAUGGGGACAGGCUGAUGGAUGUGGCCAUCGGGGCCCCGGGAGAACAGGAGAACCAGGGUGCUGUCUACCUGUUUCAUGGGACCUCAGGACUGGGCAUCAGCCCCUCCCACAGCCAGAGGAUCACGGGGUCCCAGUUCUCCCCCAGACUCCAGCAUUUUGGACAGUCCCUGAGUGGCGGUCAAGAUCUCACCCUGGACGGACUUGUGGACCUGGCCGUGGGGGCCCAGGGGCGUGCACUGCUGCUCAGGACCAGACCUGUGCUGAGGGUGUGGGUGAACAUCAUCGUAACACCUGCAGAGAUUGCUAGGUCUGUGUAUGAGUGUCAGGAGCACACAUCCUCUGUCCAGGAACUGGGUGAUGCCAAUGUCUGCCUUCAUGUUUAUGAAAGCCCCAAGACCCGGCUGGGUGACCUCCAAAGCUCUGUGACCUUUGACUUGACCCUGGACCCUGGCCGUCUGAGUCCCCGUGCCAUUUUCAAGGAGACAAGCAGUCGGAGUCUCACUCGUAUCAGAGUUCUUGGGCUGGGAAAGCAUUGUGAGGAUGUGAAGUUGCUCCUUCCGGCUUGUGUGGAAGACUCGGUGACCCCCAUCGCCUUGCGUCUCAAUUUAUCCCUGGUGGGCAACCCUAUCUCUUCCUUUGGAGACCUCCAGCCUAUGCUGGCUAUGGAUGUCCCCAGAUACUACACGGCCUCUCUCCCCUUUGAGAAGAACUGUGGAGCUGACCACGUCUGCCAAGAUGACCUGGGCAUCUCCUUUGGUUUCUCAGGCUUGAAGACCUUGGUGGUGGGGAGUAACCUAGAGCUGAACAUGGAAGUGAAAGUGUGGAAUGAUGGGGAGGACUCCUAUGGAACCACAGUUACCUUCUCCUACCCACCAGGGCUGUCAUAUCGACGUGUGACAAGGAACCAGAGCCAGCUGCAGUCACGCUCCCUGCACCUGACCUGUGACAGCGCCCCAGCCAGAGGCCAGGACAGCUGGAGCACCCACUGCAGCAUCAAACACCUUAUCUUCCGAGAGGGUGCUCAGAUCACCUUCAUAGCCACCUUUGACGUCUCCCCCAAGGCCAUGCUGGGAGACCGCCUGCUUCUAAUGGCCAAUGUGAGCAGUGAGAAUAACACCCCCAGGACCAGCAAGACUGCCUUCCAGCUGGAGAUCCCGGUGAAGUAUGCUGUCUACACCGUGAUCAGCAGCCAUGAGAAAUCCACCAAGUAUCUCAACUUCUCUGCCUCUGAGGAGAAGGGAAGCAGCCUGGCCCAGCACAGAUACCAGGUAAACAACCUGGGACAGAGGGACCUGCCUGUCAGCAUCAGCUUCUUGGUGCCUGUGGAGCUGAACCAGGUGACUGUGUGGACGGAUUUGAAGAUCCUCCACCCCCAGAACCCAUCUGUUCAGUGUUCUGCUGAGAAAAUGGUGCCCACAGAGUCCAACUUCCUCACCCACAUUCAGAAGAAUCAUGUGCUGGACUGCUCCAUUGCUGACUGCCUGAGGUUCCGCUGUGACAUCCCCUCCUUUGGCAUCCAGGAGGAGCUCGACUUCAUCCUGAUGGGAAACCUCAGCUUCAGCUGGGUCAGCCAGACGUUGCAGAAGAAGGUGUCAGUCGUGAGUGUGGCUGCAAUCACAUUCAACAGAUCUGUGUAUUCCCAGCUUCCAGGACAGGAGGCGUUUUUGAGAGCCCAGAUGGAGAUGGUGUUGGAGAAGCAUGAUGUCCACAACCCCACACUCCUCAUUGUGGGCAGCUCUGUGGGAGGGCUGCUGCUGCUGGCUCUCUUCACAGCCAUACUGUACAAGGUUGGCUUCUUCAGACGUCAGUACAAAGAGAUGAUGGAGGAAGCAAGUGGACAAGCUGCCCCAGAAAAUGGGACAUCAGAUCCCCAAGGUGGCCAAUAAAAACUACCUCCUAUUCUCUUUAGGACCUGCUCUGCCCCAAGAGAUUUCCUGACCCUUUUACUCUCACCCGUAUAAGGCAUGAGAGGAGAAAGAUGUUCCAUAUGAGGAAGUCUGGGAUCAGGCUGCUUUCCUCUCUUUGUGAGGAUACAAUUUAUUUGCAAAGUGUCUUUGCCUGCAAAGGGACAUUUGUCUUGUCAAGGUUCCAACUGGAAACUCUAGGAGAGAAUCCUUGCCAUGCCCCUCCACCUCUUGCACCUAGAGUACUUGACUUGAAAUUCCUACCUGGAUAUACAUGGACAGUAGUCCCAGGCUCUAUUCUCCUUUCCUCCACUAGCCACCAAUGAUCUUUCUAAAAUACAGUAUUGAACAAACCACUCAUCCUCAACCAUCUUCAGUGGCUCCCCAUUAAUCACAGGAUAAAAUUUGAACUAUUCAGUCCA